AUGUCAACAUCACCACCCAAGCCCCAAGCCAACGACUGGUCUCCCGACCAAUACCUCCUCUUCCGCGACGCGCGCAACCGCCCCAUCCACGACCUCAUCACCUUCCUCGGACCAUCCUACUCCCCCACCAGCAUAAUCGACCUCGGCUGCGGGCCCGGCAACAGCACCGAGAUCCUCGCCACCCGCUUCCCCCACGCCACCAGCAUCAGCGGCGUCGACGCCUCGCCCGCCAUGCUAGCCAAAGCGCGCAGCACCCUCCCCAACACGCCCUUCACCCAAGCCAACCUGCAAACCUACACGCCCCCCUCGGGCACCGACCUCCUCUUCUCCAACGCCGUCCUGCACUGGCUGCGCCACGCCGACCGCCUCGCCACCCUCACCCGCCUCCUACACACCCAACGCCCGGGGACGGGCGUGCUCGCCUUCCAGGUGCCCGACAACCACGCCGAGCCCUCCCACCGCGCGAUGCGCGAGACGGCGGCCGCGCCGGGGCCCUGGCGGCAAUAUUUCGCGGAUCUGCCGCCCGAGCAGCGGCCGGAUCUGGAUCCGAUCGAGUCGGUGAUUGAGUAUUAUGAUCUGCUGAAGCCGCUGUGUCGGGCCGUGGAGACGUGGACGACGCGCUAUGUGCAUGUGCUGGGGGAGGGGCAUGCGGGGAUUGUGGAGUGGGUGAGGGGGACGGGGUUGCAGCCUUUCUUGGGGGUGUUGCCGGUGGAGGGGGGCGUGAGGGAGGCGUUUUUGGGGGAGUAUAAGAGGAGGUUGGAGAGGGCGUAUCCGGUGGCGGGGGAUGGGAGCGUGUUGUUGGAGUAUCCGAGGCGGUUUGUGGUUGCGUUUCGGUGA